GGCGCAGCAUCCGCGCACACCGACGCUCGACAGCCGCCGUUUGAGCGCCUCUGUUUCUGUUCGAGCCGUUUUACGCGCACACACGAUGAGAGCGCCGGUUGCCCGCGUGACGGUCCUGUGGAUGAUCGCGCUGCCGUGCGUGGCGGCCAUCCACGGCUUGUACAGCCUCGGCCAGCACGAGUUGCUCUACAAAAAGAACCACUGCAAACAAAUCCCCGCAAACCUCCUCCUGUGCAACGACAUCGAGUACGCGGACAUGCGCCUGCCGAACCUGCUCGGACACGAAACCAUGAACGAGGUCCUGCAACAGGCGGCGUCGUGGAUCCCGCUGGUCCAGAAGCGGUGUCACCCGGACACGAGGAAGUUCCUGUGCUCCCUCUUCGCCCCCGUGUGCCUGGACGACCUGGACGAGCCCAUCCAGCCGUGCAGGUCUCUGUGCGAGGGCGUCCGCAGCGGCUGCGCGCCCGUGAUGUCGUCCUUCGGCUUCCCGUGGCCGAAGAUGCUGGACUGCGACCGCUUCCCGCUCGACAACGACCUGUGCAUCCCGCCCGCGAGCACGGAGAACGUCGUGCCAGUCACCAAAGUGCCCACUGUGUGUGACGCGUGCAAGGAAACGGAUGAAAAUGACAACGAAAUAGUUGACAACCUGUGUAAGAACGACUUUGCCCUGAAGAUCAAAGUCAAGGAGAUCUUCUACGUCAACGGUGACACCAAGAUUGUGCCGGAGACCAAGAGCAGGACCAUCUACAAGAUGAGCGGCAUGACGGAGCGCGACCUGCGGAAGACGGUGCUGUGGCUGAAGGACGGCCUGCAGUGCAUCUGCGAGGAGAUGAACGACAUCAACGCCGCCUACCUGGUCAUGGGCCAGAAGAUGGACGGCAACCUGGUCAUCACCUCGCUGAAGCGCUGGCAGAAGGGACAGCGCGAGUUCAAGCGGAUUUCCCGCAGCAUUCGGAAGCUGCAGUGCUAAAGGCCGCCGGCAGAGGGCGCUGCGCGGGGGUCUGGUUGGUCUGCAGUCACGAAUGACUCCAGUCGCACCGGACGCUUGUUCUUCUUCACCUCCCACCGCGGUGCAUGCUCCAAUAAGUCGCAGUCACUCCAGUUCCUGGAAGGUGCUAUGCCCUAACACACUCAAACUGCAUGAAUCAUCGCAUUUAAAACGAGUCACAGACACUAAAACUCACACGAGCGUCCCGACACUUGACUCUACUCCCGUUCACUUUGCGUCGCUCGGCACCGGGGCCCCUCUGGUGGCCCCUAGCGUCCGCGUGGGGCUCAUUCCUGCCCCCGGGGAGCUGCCGUCGCUGUCACCUCAUUAAUUGCAGUUAAUUGCGCUCAGCUGGUGUCCAGGCUGCAGAGGAAUCACUAAUUGCAUGGUUAGAGUGAAAGCCAGCAGAGCUUAGAAGGCUGGAUUCAUUUGAUAGACUCUAAUAAUCACUGGCAGAUGUGUGCGUGCUGUUAAACGCUGCAGACGGCUGAGUUUAACACACUUCAACAUAUUUUUCUGUUGGCAUAAUGAAAUUUUAAAAAGUAGUAAGCAUCAAUUAGGGUUUAAUAGAAGACAGGUGGCUCCUUGUUCUAAAAUCCGAGAGUCAAAGGCCUCGUCUGCCGCAGAGACACAAUAAGGUCAAUAAGUUUUUUUAAGGGAGUUUUAGCUUUAAGACAUUUGCAUCCUAAUAAAGUUGCUUGCGCUGACACUCACACUGAUGCAUAUCAUGGGAGGGAUGAUGACAGAUAGCUGGCUAUAUUCUCCUAACUGUUCAGCAUUUUACCUUUCCUGGCAAACGUUUUGUACCUGAGGAUUUCGACUCCGCUCUGAUAUUUUUCUACUCCAGACUUUCGUGUUUCAUGUAAACGUUGACGUGAAGUGUUCGUUUGAAGCUUUGCUGCCUUGUUUGUGGUUGCUAGUGUUGAUCUGAUUGGCAGUAAUUUGUUAAUCCCAUAUAAUCUGUCUGUAAUGUAAAGUAUUUUUUUGAAGGUAUUACUGUGUAAAUAUUAAAUACUGUCUUAUUCUUGUAUAAAGUUUCCAGCUAUUAAAAACUGUGGAUAUUCUGA